AUGUCGAAACUCAUUCGGAUGUCACAACGCCUCCUGAGCGUUCCUGGCAGCGGCAUCCGAGAUGUGAUGAGCAAAUCAGCAGCAUUAAAAGCUGCUGGUAAGGAUGUCAUCAAUUGGCACAUUGGUCGUCCUGAUUUUGACACGCCUCAGCACAUCAAGGAGGCGUGUUCCGAAGCGCUCCGCCAGGGUCACGUCCACUACGCGCCCGCGGCAGGGCUUCCGGGCCUGCGCAAAGCCUUGGCCCAGCGAGCUGAGGAGGAGUACAGCGUUUCCGUUGACCCCGAGCGCGUCGUUGUGUGCAAUGGUGGAAUGGAAGCAGUGACAAGUGUGUUGCAUUCUUUGCUAGAGCAAGGUGAUGAGGUCAUAGUGCCCUCACCCAACUGGCCCAAUAUGAAGUGGGCGGUGGUGUUGGCAGGCGGCGUGCCUGUGGAGGUGGCCUUGAGCGACGGAAUCUUGACUCCCGAGGCCAUUUCGUCAGCAGUGACAGAGAAGACCAAGGAUUUAUUGGUCAUCAGCGAUGAGACCUACACAAGGCUGUACUAUGGCGAGGAACCAGUGGCGCCCUCCAUCCUAUCAAUCAAGGGCAUGGAGCAGCGCAGCUUUGCCGUGAACACCUUCUCAAAGACCUAUGCAAUGGAUGGCUGGCGCUUGGGCUGGGCCCUUUGCCCUGACCCAUCCUCAGCUUCAGCCGUGGCAAAGACCAGGUACUAUUUCUCUGCAUGCUCUCCAACGUUCACCCAAUAUGCUGGCAUCGCGGCGCAAACAGCGUCGCAAGAUUGCGUUGCAGAGAUGCGCGCGGAAUAUGAUGCAAGACGCACCAUUUUAGUGGAAGGAUUGAAGAAGAUACCGGGCGUGAAACUGCCUACCCAUCCACAGGGCGCUUACUUUGUGUUUCCAGACCUGUCGGCAUUUGGAGGUUCCGAUGGAUCGCUGGCAAAAUAUUUGUUGGACGAGCACCAUAUUGCGCUGGUGGAUGGAGGUGUCUUCGGCCAGGAAGGUGAAGGGCAUGUGCGGAUUGCCUACUCCUGUUCCACAGAGGAAUGUCGCCGCGGAGUUGAACGCCUGCACAAGGCCCUGGAAGGCUUGCAAGCUGUGAAGGCCAUGUUGCCGGCACCCUUCUUGCUCCAAGAGGGUGGAAGUAGCAGCUCCAGAGGAUUCUUCCGUGGAUCAAAAGCACAAGAAAGGCCAGCUGCAUGUCCCCUGUCUAGCCUCUCUCUUGGGCUGCUGGCCGCUGUGCCUGCAGCAAGAUGUUGCCACAUGACCAUGCGCGCCUGGCGCGACUCCAGCGGCUCUACGACCUCUAGCCGCGGCAACCGGCGACGUGGACGCGGCUUGAUGCGGAGGAGGCCCAGAGAGAUACCCUCGAAACCUCAGGAGCAAGAGCAGCAAAGGGAGUCAGUGGUGAUUCCAGAUGGAUGGGGCUUGCGUGCUGAUGGCUUAAAGGAGCCAUGGAAUGCUCCCUGGUACAAGAAGAAGGUAGCUCGUGGUGAGAUUCCCUUGGCAGGGAUGGAACCCGAGCUCCGAAGUCUGGAUCGAAAACCCAUCAGAGAUUUUGUUGAUGCGUUGGAACAAGGAAAAGUCGAGGUGCUGGAGCAGUCGAAUGCUUCUGCUGCACGCAGUCGAUAUCAAGUGAGUCAUCCCUCAGAGCUGCAGCGGAUGGAGCGCAAACUUUGGAGAACACUGCCACCGGAGGAGCGACCCUCGCUCUUCCCGCACUUCCGAAAGGCCUACGACUGGGAACUUCGUCAGGGAAAGAAGGGAAAGGCCCCGGAGCACUUCUUCUCGCAGAAGUAUUGGGGUCAGAUCGACGGAAUCACACCAGAGACUGCGACGUUGGCAGAGAGUAUGCAGCUUCCCAGGCCCUCCAGAAUCCAGUUCUUGAGUUUUCCAGAGAUUGUCAAAGGUCGCAGCUCUGUGGUUGCGGACCAAUCGGGGUCUGGGAAGACCUUGGCCUACCUGCUGCCCCUGCUUCAGCGCCAUGUCUUGUCUGCAGAUCCGGAGGAUACGACGUUGAAGCUGAUCGUGUUGGCGCCCACCAGCGACCUGGUGCAGCAGAUUGCCGAGGUGGCCCGUGUGGCAGCGUCCAGGAGUCGAAGAGGCUUCCAGGUGACCACUGUGGUGGGUGGAGGAGGAGACAAUGCUCGCCGUCAAAGGAGGCAGCUGCUCAAUGGCACCGAUGUUGUGGUGGCCACCCCUGGGCGUUUGAAGUUCUUCAUGGAGGAGGACUUUGUGAUACCCAAAGAUACCUGGCAAAGCUGCAAGGCAGUGGUGAUUGACGAGGUGGACGCAUUGGUCGGGGAGCAGGGCAAUCUGAACAUCGCGGAGCUGAAGAUUCAGCUGCCGGAACUCCAGUGGGUCUUUGUGACUGCGACGGUGUCGGAGGUGGCCAAAGGCGAAAUCCAAUCCUUAGAGGCUCAGCUCGAGAUCGAAGCUCAAGAUCGUGGCACCAAGAAUGCUUCUGUGGUGUGGACCAAGGGUCCAGGGUUGCACCGUGUACCUCUAAAUUGUGAGCACGUGCUGAUCGAUUGCACCCCUCCCAACCUCUACGCUGUGGAAGCUGAGAAACGUCUGAGCCUGGUGAUGCGCAGCAAGAUCCAAGCAUUGGUGUGGCAUAUGCAGCGAGGGAUCCUGAAGGGAGAGGAGGAUAAUCGAGUGCUUAUCUUCUGCAACACCAUUGAGAACUGCAGUCGGGUGCAUGCGGCGUUGGAGGCGGCGAAUCCCGAUGAUGUGCGCAGCGGUGACAAGCAAUGGAAGUUGUUGGUCUUGCAUGGCUUGCGGGACAAGCAGGAGUACGAGGAGAACAUGGCCUUGUUCAGUUCCGAAAAGGUGCCAGCAGCUGAUUUCUUCAAGCGCCGCAUCCUGAUUUGCACGGACCGUUUGUCGCGUGGAAUGGACUUUGGCAGCCAGCCGGUGAAAUGGGUGAUCCUCAUGGACUGGCCAAGAGAUGCCACGGAGUACAUUCGACGGGUGGGUCGCACUGCCCGUGCUGGUGAGGGAGGCAGCGUCAUGACUCUGUUGUGUGGUACCAAAGAAACCACCAUGGGGAAGCAAAUCACAGCUGCUGCUAUCCGCAGUUUGCGCCUCACCACUGCGGCCGACACAGGGAAGAUGCGUUGCCUGGAACGCUUUGACCCCACCACUCCUGACUGGCGCUCCAAGAAGGCUUCGGCGCCGAAACCGGUUUGGAAGCCUCAGGCAGAUGUGGAGCGUUUGGAGGCUGAGAAGGAUGCAGAGGAUCAUCGAGAGCUCACAGAGAAGGAAUUGCGGGAACUCUUCGAGGAGGCAGAUAUGGGUCCUAUGGACCAAGAUAUUUGGGAUGAUGAGGAGGAAGAGAUGCGUCAAGCUGACGAGGGGUGGUCGCCCUGGAGAUCCGAGGACAUGGCGGAUGAGGAUGACGAGGACCUUUGGGAGGACAACCCCUUCGAUGAAGACAAGCUUGGCAUCAGUCUGCAAGACUGA